GCUAAAGCAGAAAGGAACACCGCUUUUCAAUGACACAUGAGGGCUAGUACAGCCAGAUGACUGCAAAUACACAGGAAUAUUUGCUAUGUUAUUGUGACUGUGGGGUGGGUCACCAAAAAAAAAAAAAAACCCACCCACAAACCAUAUGUUUUAAUCUAGAUAUCUGGUAGCAAUAAUGGGGCUAUGCAUUCUUGAGCACCAUCUACUGGUACAUUGCCCAUAAACCAGACAGACAUGCAGAUGUAGAGCACCUUGCAUCAGCUACUGUCACUCAAAAGUGUAGGGCUCCUGGCCAGCUCCAAGCGCAGCACUGCCUAGCACCCAGUCAAACCUCAUGGUUGCGAUCUUGGGGCAAACUGCUCUGAGAGCAAAGGUCUUUGCAAGGCCACGUGCUGAUGGUUGUAUCCACUCCUCCAGGCAGUGCUGCAGCUUGUGGGUAUCUCCAAAAUGCUGCAAUGCAAACAUGCUCAGGAAUUCAGCUUCGGGCCCCGGGCUCUGAAGGACGCUCUGAUCUCCACCAACCCAGCCCUGCAGGAGCUCUACGCCAAAGCUUUUUCCAGUGCGGAGAAGCUGUUUCUUUCUGAAGCCUACAACCCCCAGAGAACGCUCUUCUGCACACUGCUCAUCAGGACAGCUUUUGAUUGGCUCCUCAGCCAUCCCGAUGCCCCUGAGGACUUUGAAACUUUCUACCACUCCAUGCUGAGGAGGAAGCAGAAUUUCUAUCGAAAGCACAUUUACCUGCAGCCUAUAGACCUAAUCGAAGGGCCUGCGGGGCUCUCGCUGCUGGAUUCCCUCCAAAGCUGCGUCGAGUCUUUCUUCCUGGGCUUCCGUGUAAAGUGCCUUCCCUCUGUUCCCAUCUCUUCUAUUCACUGCCGCUACCGCCACAGCCAGGACUCGGACCGAGUGCAGCUGCACGCAGAUGGGAUCCUGAAUUUCCUGAAGAACAACAAGCCCAUGGAUGCACUGUGUGUCCUGGGACUCACACUGCUGGACCUUUACCCGUGUGAGACCUGGAGCUUCACAUUCAGCAAAUUCCUGCCAGGACAAGAAGUAGGAGUCUGCAGCUUUGCCAGAUUUUCUGGGGAUUUCCCCCAGGCUGGUGGUAGCCGCUUGACUCCCCUCACACGGAAGGAGCGGUUAUGCGAAGUCAGUGAGGAAAGCAGAGACCGGACAUUGCCGUUCAGUGCCCUGGAGAUGGUCCAGUGCUGUAAGGUGACCUGCCACGAGAUCUGCCACCUGAUGGGGCUGGGGACCUGCCGCUGGCUGCAGUGCAUCAUGCAGGGCGCGCUGAGCCUCGACGAAGCCCUGCUGCGGCCCCUGGAGCCGUGUCCCAUCUGCCUGCGCAAGCUGCAGUACGUCGUGGGCUUCAAACUCGUUGAGCGCUACAGGAAGCUCUACGCUUGGACACAGACGGUGCUGUCCAGCUGGCCGAGGCAAGAGUCGGCAGAGCGGUCUGCCUCCGAGGACCUCCCCCCGUUCAGCUCAGACUCCGGCAUGUGCUGCGAGAACGACUCCGAGGCGGUGACCUCCUUGUCCGAGCCGCUGACGCCCGACACCUGCAGCCAGGCCCUCUCCAUCGCGUGCAUUGCUGCCCUGGAGAGGAACGUCUCCGAGGAGGAACUGGCGCAGGUAGACAGGACCGUGGACGCCCUGGCCAAGUGGGAAAUGUUUACAGGACAACUGCCUGCUGUGAAGAAGGAUCUACCCUUUGGUAGGGACAACACGGGGCUACGGAAAGUUCUCGGAGACAAAUUUUCCUCCCUGCGGAGGAAAUUGAGUUCAAGAAAACUGUCCAAAGGGGAAUCGUCCCCUCAUCGCUGGAGGUGGGAGGAAAACUAGCGUGGGUCGGCCCUAGGUCGUGCCAGCCUCGCUCAGGCAGCUUUGGUUACGUUAUUGCCCUGCUUCUGAUCUUUCUCAACACAA